UUUUCAUCCUUUGCUUUGCGUAGACGCAAGUUGGGAACUGUCAUUCGCUUCGAAUGCGUAUAGUUCGAGGAAUUUAAUAUAUUUACUUGUGUUUGUGUGUGUAUUAACUAGUGUUCUAAACUAGUUUUAUAUUCAUAUGUUAAAAGUGUUAACUUAGGUUUGUUGACUUUGCCAUUGGUUCAACUAAGUGGAACUCUCACCAUGUCUCUGAAGAUGUGUGGAGUGUUGUUUGGAGCCCUUCUGCUGGCCCUGCCUAUAGUUUUCGCGUGCAACGAGGCUAUUUGCGCCAGCGUCGUGUCCAAAUGCAUGUUGACCCAGUCAUGCAAGUGUGACCUGAAGGACUGCUCAUGUUGUAAAGAGUGCUUUAGCUGCUUAAGUACCUUGUAUAGCGAGUGCUGCAGCUGUGUCGAUAUGUGCCCUAAACCAAAUGACACAGCAACUACACUGUCAAAGACAUCGUAUGUGGAAGAGCUGGCAGCUGACAGUGUCCCUGUCCUGUUCAGUAGUCUGACCAGCGAUCCAGACCCAGAGGAGCGGUGGCUGUCAAUCACAUACCCUGUGGACCUUGACAUAUCUGCGUACAGGCCUGCUAAAGACAAUCAACUGGUGUAUCAUUUGCAGAGCAUAGAGCAGGAAGCGGAGCCGACCAGCCGCGACGUGGUAACAUUCAACUGCACCAUCGCGUACAUGGCGCAGUGCAUGUCCAGCGACAAGUGCCGGACCCUGUGCCGGUCCAUGGGCGCCAGCAGCUUGCGGUGGUUCCACGAUGGCUGCUGCGAGUGUGUGGGCGAUAAAUGCCUGUCAUACGGCCUCAACGAGAGCAGAUGCCCAGGCUGCCCCGCCGGCAAGGAGGAGGAGGACGAGCUAGCCUUCGACGAGCUGGACUACGGAGAGGAAGUCAUGUCUGUCGCCGACGCCAAGCACAACUCCUAGCCUCUAGGACGCACAUCAGAAGUACUGCCGUAUGCCUAGUAAGUCUCCAAGUGCCAAAUGAGUUGCUUGUACAAAAAAAUGCCAUGUUUUAGAAUAAUAUGACUACUUAAUGCUUACCUUAUUUACUUCCUGAUAUAUUGAUAGCAUCAGUGUAUGUAUUUAUAAAAUAAAAUGUAGAAUUUAGUUACCUGUUCUCUGUCGUAUUGCUCUUGACAGAGCGGUCAUGGUCACGUUGAGGCGUCCGCAUCGGUAGUAGAGGCGGACACAGCUCUUCGCACGAUCUUCCCCCAUCUCUCCCUGUUGGUAGACUGUCUGGUACAGUUAGAUACGCGGUUUCCCACUGCGGAUUUUAUGUGGUCAGUCCAGCGCACAGGUGAUCUGCCGCGCGAUCUGGUUCCCUUCACUCUUCCUUGUACGACCAGUCGCUCUAUGGAGUAGUUACCUCUACACACGCGUUUAUACGUUUCAUAGUUAAUUAAGGCAUAUUAACCCGUGUAAUGCCUCUCUUAUCCGUCUCCUCUUUCUUAGAAAAGCGUUGAAGUUACAGUUGUUUAGAUUAGUACAAUAGGUUCAAUAUUUGAAUGAAAAAACGCGUUGGUGUAGACUGUAGGGGCGUUACAUAGCUUAGAUACCUAAUUGCUAGUGACAUCAAGGCCAAACGAGCACGAAUUAUUUUACAUUAAAAUGAUGUAAAUAAUUAUCUAGUUUAUUCAUAAACUGAAAUAAAUGUCAUAUACUAAGAAAAAGUGACCAAGGCCUCCAGUGCCCCAGGCUGGAAUCGAACCAGCGUCCUCUACUAUCGCGGCAGGUGCCUGAACCACUCGGCCACCGGAUCACAG